AUGAGCUCUGAUUUCGUUCGAAAGGAAUCUGAGGAGGAAGAUUUGAGGAAUUUCGGCGCGACUUGCCGGAUUUGUAGAGGUGAAAGCACGUUAGAGAGCCCUCUUUUCCAUCCUUGUAAAUGCAGAGGAUCGAUUAAAUACAUUCAUGAGUCCUGUUUGGUGGACUGGGUGGGAUCCAAAAACGUGGAUAUAAACAGACCUGGCGUUGAGAUAAAAUGUGACAUAUGUCAUUAUCCGAUCCAAUUUCAAACGGUAUACGAUGCAAACAUGCCAGAAAGAAUUCCAGCGUGGAUACUUAUCAAAAAAUUGUUUGACGGAGCUUUGAAAAAGAUUCGGUUUUCUGUGACAAUAGCGCUGGCGGUUUUGUUGCUUGCAAUAGGAGUGCCAUUGACGUGGAAUAUGGUGGGGAAACUCUACACAGUUUUGCUGUAUGGUGGCCGAUUGCCCGUGGAAAAUAGUUUUUGGUUGAGCAUGCUGUUUGGAUUCAAAUCCAAUAUACCUCUGAAGCCAACCAGAGCGCAAAUUGUCUUUCAACUCGCCAAGAAUUACGGGUUUUCACUUUCCCAGAUCGUAUCUGUCGCAGCAAUUCAUAUAGCGCUUUAUUUCCAAUACGAUAUGGUGGUUCGGGAAGCAGUUUUCAGCAAAAUGGUAUACCACAAGAUUGGCCCUAGGUACAGCAGAGAAGAACUUAUGAUGGAGAAAUUGAGACAGCAAUUUCCUGGCAUGGAUGAGACUACGAUCCAGCAUAUAGUCAACCUAAUGAAGGUUCGAAAUGAACAAAGAGGAGAUUUGCAAAUGGACCAUGAACAAGUACCUGAACAAGAGCCUGAACCGGACUUGCAGGCUCCUCAACUCAAUUUGCGAGAAGCAGAGGAACGGGUACGUAAUCGUGAGAAUUUUAUUCUCAACAAUAUGAGAAACGACGACGACAGUGACAGUGAUGACGAAAACGACAGUGAUUUCAACACCGAUAAUGUUUCCACUGGUGAGAGCACUAGUGAAGAAGAAAAUGUCGUGAAUGCAGGGGACGAAGAACCUGGUGAGCUGGAUGAUGCUGGCCCCUUUGAGCAAAUACUAAAUCGUCGCGCUGCGCAUCGUUUUGACGAGCUUGUGGAUGAGGGAAUGCAAGGCAACGGUGCCGCGCCUCACCAAGAACCACGCGUUUUUGCUCCUGCCCCGGUUCAACGAGAAGAACUUCCGCAAGAAGACGUCGAUGCUCAAGAGGGACUUCCAAACGCAAACCAAGAACAGGCCAUUUUCAGCAUUGAAAUUCGGGCUGAAAACCUGCCCGUGUAUUACAUUGUGAGUGCAGUGUUUGUUACAAUAUACCUUUUCUUAGCAUACGUGAUCCCAACCUUCGUCGGCUAUGGGCUAUUGCGAUCGAUUAUUUUCGUAUCACAGAGUUCUCUUCGCAGUAUCAGAAGACUCUUACAGGCUUGUGGUGUGCCUAGACUUCAUGGCCUUCUUUUCAAAGUUCCCUACUUGGCACAUUUCAGUAUGGCAUUAAAGCCUAUUGAAUUUCUGGGUUGGUUUGAAUACCUUCAAGAACCUUGGACACCAGGAAAUGAUAUAUCGAUUAUUGCUCAGGGCGUUCCAGCUCUAACGACUUUUUUGGCGACAAUUUUUGUCAUUUCAGCAAGCACCGAAUAUUUAGCCAAAGGUCAUGGUCCUAAAAAUGGCAUGAAAAACCCAAAUCUGCGCUUCAUCUUCCAACUUUUCUUUGCCAUACGAUCUUCUUUGAAAGUUUUCACCCUUUUCGCCAUUGAACUGAUCGGCUUUCCAAUUCUGUCCGGGAUAAUGGUAGACUACUCCUUGUUGUCACCACUAUUAAAAUCUCAAGAGCGUAGUCUUCUCUAUGGACAGCAAUUUUCGUGGGGUUUUUUUACCUGUUGCCUCUACUGGGGGGCAGGAACUUCCUACAUGUAUUGGUUUGCCAAGUUUGUUGGAAUGGUAAGAAACUACAUCAUUAGGCCUGGCGUUCUAUUUUUCAUAAGGUCCCCAGAUGACCCUAACAUUCGCAUUUUGCAUGAUAGCCUUAUCCACCCAAUGAGGGUUCAAAUUUCACGUUUGGCCCUCUCGAUGCUCAUUUAUGCCAUAUUCAUUGUCGUCGGCUUUGGUUUCUACACUCGCUACCUCUUUCCAGUACUCCUACGUUCUGAUGUGUUGCCUUUGACUACUAAUGACGCCGCUUCGUCGAUAGAAGCCGGAUGCCUUGGCGCCAUCACCCUUCUGGCAAAUUGGUUUUCGGAUUCCCUCAAAAGUCCGCGCAUUUGGCUAAGAACUUUUUGGAUUAAGGUCUUUGACCUAAGUUGUCAAAAGCUCCGACUCUCAUCAUUCAUACUUGACAAGGAUAUCCCGAUGGAGAGAGGUAGAAUUCUGUAUCGAAACAAUCUUUACAGAUUCUUGGCACCUACCAGCGCAAAAUGGUCUAACCCUGAGCUUUACUCCCACCCAAAGACGUUCUCACAAGCGUGCGAAUUACUUGAGGAGAACAAAAGUGUACAUGCCUAUUUUAUACCGGAUGGAACUCAAAUGCGGGUCCCAGCCAACGACAUCAUCUCGCGUAACUACGCCCAAACGCUAUUUGUACCAGUGACUAAGAGUGAUAAACUUUUGAAGCCGCUCGAUCUUGAAUUCAUCCGGGAAAAAAAUGACCAAGCUGCUGGUGAAUUUGGGUUUUUAGACGAGCAGAGCUCGGAGUUUGAUGAAUACUCUGUUGUUUACGUUCCCCCACGGUUUCGCUGGAGAUAUUCCGCUUUAAUUACUCUCAUUUGGUUGUUUGCUUCAAUACUAAUCAUUUCGUUGGUAUUUUUGUUCAACUUCCUCGGGAGCUGCUUGUUCUUAGCAGUGCAGAUACCGAUGACCGUCCUCAAAGGAACAAGUCUCCACCCAAUAACGAUGACCUCUAGCUUUGCUGUGAGAAUUCCAGCAAUUUUAGUAGGUUGCUUUGUUUUCACCGUAGGCCUAGAAUUUCAUCAAAACAGGCUUGAAGCGCGAGCGAUCCUUAAUGAGAACAUUGUUAACGUUCAUCCCGAAGACGGAGAGGUCGGUGAUAAUGAUUUUGAAGAAGGGCGUAUGAAUAUUCAGGAUGCGCAAAACAUUGGAGAGCCAUUCCAAAAUCUCUUUCAGGGACCUGCCUUUAAUUUUUUCAAGGUGCAGCUAUGCACUCUGUUCAUCAACUUUGUUAAACCUCAAUUUGUUGCUUACAAUUAUCAUUUUGCCUACACUCUCUUUUUCAAGCUUUUCGUUUUAAAACAAGACGCAUCGCAAGUUUCUUUCGGUAAUCCCUUACCUCCAGCUUUGGAAUUUUGGACCACCUCCAUCAAAGAUUUCAAUUUUAACUCUGAAGAAUUGACUGAAUAUUUACCUCUCUCGGUAUGGUUACUUUUCGAUCUUUUGCGUCACGUUUACCGUACCACCAAAUGGUUCCGGGGACGCGAUGGCCGCGACCUACGGCGAAACGCAUGGAGCUACGUCGAACCUGAUGUUGUGGAGUGCUUAAUGACGAGCGGGCUUUCCAUUGUUCUACAAUUCUUUUUGUGUUUCCUAGAGUACCAUCAACAAAACUCACCAUAUACCUCACUGGUUUCGGUGUACCAAUUUUUGGCGCAACGGAGAUUUUUAACAAACGAAGAUCCUAAUAUACCGUGGACUUUAAACCAAAAAGCGUUUUAUUUCGUCUCACCUAUCGUUUGUUCUGGGUUUUAUUUCUGGAAACACUACAAAUCCAUAGAUGCAACCAUAGAGAAAACGCUGGCAAACAUAAAGGAAGAAGUUUACGGCCGUGGUAAGACUUUGACCAAUUUGGCGGAGGACAAUUGA